CAUCAUUUCCAAGAAUGACUUAAAAUGCAGCCUGGAGCAACUACAAUGCCAUUUUACAUGGAAUUUGGUGAAGGAAGAUGCGGAUCUGGAAUCCCUAGAGGACAAAACGGGCCAUCAGAUUGAAUUUCUCACGCAAUCCCUGAUCGCAAGCUACAAUAUGCUGUCAUAUGUGUGUCACCUAAAGCACUUGAAUGAGGACGCCCUGCAAAAUCUCCAAAAAGCAGAAAAAGAAAUUAAAAUAAAGCAUCCAGAUGACAUCGAGAGGAGAAGUCUUGUUACGUGGGGGAACUAUGCCUGGAUUUAUUACUACAUGAACAAAUAUGAAGAAGUUCAAACCUAUUUAAGGAAAGUGGAAGACACCUGCAAAAAGCUUUCAAGCACAGCUCGCUUUCAAGUACAGCUUCCAGAGAUCUAUUCCGAGAAAGGCUGGGCAUUACUAAAGUUUGGGAGGGGAUACUAUAGCAGAGCAAAGGAGAGUUUUCAAAAAGCCCUGGAGACAGAACCCGACGAUCCCGAAUUUAACGUGGGCUAUGCAAUAGCAGUGCAUCGUUGGGAAAAUGUUGGUGAGGGAAGCAGUAACAGCGAAAGCUCAGCCCUGCCGGCCUUGAGGCGCGCGGUGGAACUGAGUCCAGAUGAUACUUCUGUUGUGGCAUUACUUGCAUUAAAGCUCCAGGAUUUAAAUCUAGCUGAGGAGGGGGAGAGAUACAUUAAAGAAGCAAUGGAUAAAACCCCCGAUUUUCCUUAUUUUCUGCGAUAUGCUGCUAAAUUUUAU